AUGGAUCCAAACGUAACCGAUCUAAUUCACGAUUUUCCACUUAUCUUCCGAAUCCACAAAAAUGGCAAAAUCGAAAGGUACUCAGUGACCCAUUUUGUGCCGCCAUCGCACGAUCCAACAACCGACGUAGAAUCCAAAGACGUUGUAAUUUCGCCGGAAAAACCCAUUUCAGCGCGGUUAUUCCUCCCAAAAAAUGCAACUCCCAAUCGAAAGCUGCCACUCUUUAUCUAUAUUCACGGAGGCGGAUUUUCGAUCGAAUCCGCUUUUUCCCCCACAUACCAUAACUAUCUCAAUACUCUAGUAGCUGAAGCUAAGGCUAUUGCCAUGUCCAUUGAAUAUAGGUUAGCGCCGGAACAUGCUAUUCCGGCGUGUUAUGAUGAUUGUUGGGAGGCAAUUAAGUGGGUGGAAUUGCAUGUCAGCGGACAAGGCCUAGAUCCAUGGUUGAAUGAAUUCGCGAAUUUUGAUCGGGUUUUCCUCGCCGGCGACAGCGCCGGAGCCAAUAUUGCUCAUAACAUGGCAAUUCGAGCCGGCCUAGGCGAAUCCUGUUCGGGUAUCAAAAUUGACGGUUUAAUUUUGGUUCAUCCAUUCUUUGGCAACGAUGAACCUGACAAACUUUGGAGCUUCAUUUGCCCGGAAACGAUCGGGUUGACUGACCCGAGACUGAACCCGGCUGCGGAUUUGGACUCAUUGUUGAAAUUAGGGUGCAAUAAAGUGCUGGUUUGCACUGCAGCGAAGGAUUUUUUGAGAGGAAGGGGUUUGCAUUACUAUGAGACAGUGAAGAAGAUCAAUUGGAAGGAAGCGAGAUUUAUAGGAGUUAGAUUUUUAGCAUUCGGUCAUCACCAAGCUUAUAUUGGAAAAUUAAAUACACCCCUUAUAAUCUUUUUCACAUGCACGGAAUCACCACAAUCUUAA